AUGUAAAUUUUUAUAAAGACUUUAGCAGGCAAGAAGGUCUCAUAUAAUAUAGAAGCUGAUAAUACAAUUCAAUAACUUAAAAUGUAAUUAUAAGAGAAAGAGGGAAUUAGCUCUGAAUAAUUUAAAGUAUAUUCAAUAUUAAUUUAGUUAAUAUUUAAAGGAAGACAUUUAUAAGAAGAAUUUAAAAUUUCAGAUGCUCAAAUGUAAGCUGGAGACACUGUUCAUAUGGUCAUUCAAUUGAGAGGAGGUUUUUGA